CCAGAUACUUGGCUGGGGAAGACGCCCACCUCCCCUUAAAAAGAUGCACAAGAUGGCUAUGAGCUGCUUCCUGGGAGAGGGGUGAGCAAGGCAUGGCUUCACUCUGGAUUCUGGAGCUGCCCCUUUAAAAAAUAUCCAAAGAUGCUUCUGCCAGGAUGCCAGCGACAAACAAGCUCUACCCAAUGGCAGCCCACCCUCUCCAUGAAUGGCUCGGUGGGCGCUGGAGGAAGAGGCUGGCAGGCAGGCAGGCAGGCAGGGAGGGAGAGAGGGCAGCAACAAGUGCGCGGGUGCGCAAGCCAGCGGAGAGUCCCCCACGCAAGACCAGCCCAGGGCGUGGCAAGCCGGGCGGGGAGGGAGAGCCUGCUUUGGCAGAGAGAGCCUGCCUUUGCGCCCCGGUCCACAAGAAACUUGGGCCAGUCCAGGAAGAAGGGCACACCCCAGUUCCUUGACUAUCUGUCUUUGCUCUGAAGGAUAAGAAGAGAGUCUACCAGGCCUGGGUUUGUUGAGGAACGGUCACCAGAUAUCUGAAGCAAGCACUGUGGGAAUUCCCAGUUCUGAAGGCUGUGGAAAAGCCUCCUUUUCUUUGCCUUAGCAGCCAUGCAGGACUGCAGACGGCUGACUGGAUGACCAGCAUGUUUCUGGCAGCUGAGGCAUCUUGGCCCAUGCUAUGGUUCUGCUCCCAAGCUCUCUUCUUCCUCCUCUUCUGUGUCCCUUCCUAUUGUACCUCCUGCCCUGAGCAGUGUCAGUGUACCAACUACUCAGAAGCGACAGCAGUUCUGUGCAGCGCCAGCAACUUGCAAGAGAUUCCAAGGGACAUUCCCAAAGACACCAUGUUUCUAAAGCUGGACGCAAAUAAAAUUACUGCCGUUCCCAACAGCACGUUCCGGCAUCUUGCCCACUUACAAGAGAUAGACCUCUCUAAAAAUGCCAUUGAGAAGAUUGAUUCCGCAGCAUUCAAGGGGGUUGCCGAUGGCUUGCGUCUGCUGGAUCUCUCUGGGAAUCAUAUCCAGAGGAUCCCAAAGGAAGCCCUAGUCAACUUGAAUGCCAUGAUCCGCCUGUCCAACAACCCCUGGCAUUGUGAAUGUACUUUACAGGAAGUCUUGUGGGAAGUGAAACUAGACCCUGACUCAGUCAAUGAGACCACCUGCCAAACAUCUGUGCAAGAAGAAUAUACUGGGAAGCCUCUGCUCCAUAUCCUUGAUUCUCGCUUUUGCAACAUGCACCAGAAGACCACAGAUGUCGCCAUGUUUGUUACCAUGUUCAGCUGGUUUACUUUGGUCAUUAGCUAUGUGGUCUACUAUGUCCGGCAUAACCAAGAGGACACAAGGAAGCACUUGGAGUACCUGAAAUCACUGCCUAGCACAAGGGUUCCUAAAGAAACCAUCAGCAUGAUCCUGUGAGCCAGGAAGGGUGACCUGGAUUACAGAAUCUGUUUUCUAGAGAAAAGAAUCUUGGGUGGGACGUGGAACUUGGAUUUCCUACUUGUUCUGUAAGGACUUUUCUACAUGUUUAAUAGCAUGGGGAAAAUUGUGUGUUAAUAUAAAUGUAGAACGAAUGUCCAAACCAAAGUUUCCUAUAUAGUGUGCUAGGAUAUCAGCACUGGCUCUAUAAAGCUCUGUAAAGGGAGCUCUAUAAAGAUAUCUGCUAUCCAGAAGAAUAUUUGAACUCUAAGGUGAGGGCACAAUCUAUGUGCAGUCAAGUUUUAAUUUGGAGAGAGAAAGAUCCAAAGGGUUCUGAGUGGAGUCACCGAAAGAUACUAAUGAUCUCAUGGUUGGCGUUUGCUUGGAGCUACCGCAAAAAACACUUCCAGAGCAUUCAGACCCACAAAACGGGCCUGCCUCCAAAUUCAUAAAUUUUGCAGGUGUGCAUGCAUGCACACGUGUGUGCACACACAUGCACAGAUUGAUGUAAUGUUUAAUAGGAUGUUUGUGAAGCAUGUGUGUUUCUGGGUUGGUAUUCCUUGCCUCAGAAAACCCUAUUUCAUUAAUAGGAUUGCCAUAAGUCAACAGGCAACUUGAAGGCACAUACACAAAAUGCUUCUCUUAAGCUUACCUGCUACAGUGUCUCUGGAGCUAACAUCUCUUUCUUUUUUGUUGCUGAUCUUUUUUCAACGUAUUAUUGUUACAGUGGGAUGAAAAAGUGCCAGAGAGGCCUAUCUGUGCUUAUGUUACACACUGUCCAAUGCUGAAUCGUUUCCAUCCUAGGAAGGUAGUGCAGAUUACCCAGGCACACUCCAAAGUGGGGAUUGGGUGGCCAUAUCCUGGGAGUGCUUUAGCCAUGGAUUCCUGCAUACCAUUGGGUUCAACUAGAUUGGCCCUUGGAGUUCCUUACAAGUCAAUAAUUCUAUGAUUGUAUGCCUUUUUGACAUACUGCAAGCUCAUCUAUUCCUUGAGAACUGGGCCUGAAAUACAACUGGAACCAGAGUCUAAUAAGGUGAAAUGUGACCCAUGCAUUAUACAUAUAGCUUUGAAAAGCAGAUGAAUAUAGCAAUGGCAACUUCUUUCCCACAGAUUUUUUUUUCAAAAUUACCUAAAUGACAGCUCUCUUCAGUUUGAAAAGUUUUAAAAUAAUAAAGAUCAUUUGCUGAACAUGUAAUUACUUCAGGAAAUGAAAUAUAAUUCCAGAAAUUAAUAUGAUUUAUUGAAAGCAUCAAAAGUUCAGUGCCCACCAGUUUCAUAUUUGUGAUAUCAAAGCUCAUAAUUUUCCAUCAUUCGGGAAAUGAUGGCCAGGGAUUGGAAACAGUUUAGUUUUUAAGACUAUAGUUUACAGAGCCAAUGACCUACUUCUGAUAGUAGUUGUUUUAAAAUAUACCUUUCCUGGGCUAUGAAAAUGGGCACAGUUCUAUGUGUUUCUCCAUUUUCACCACCUUUGUUGUGAUCUGGGGUCCUUUCACACAACCAAUUAUAGCAUAAUGAUUCCACUAUAACUGCAGUGAUGAUAUCCUAUAUCAUCCUGGGAUUUGCAGUUUAGGAAGGCGUGUGUAGGUUCUCCGCCUACUAAUGGCUCACUAAGCUAAAUAGCCCAGGUUUCUGUAGGAUGUAGCCAUGGAAUCAAAUUGUAAUCAUACUGCUACAACUGCCUAUUGUAAAGGCUAUCCCUGCCUGGCAUCUAAUUAACUACAGCUUUGAUAAGUUUUUUGACAAGUCAUCAAUAAAACAAAAAAUUAGAGACAAUCUCAGAGGAACAGGAAUUCCUCUUAGAUACUGAAAGAGAAAGUAGAUGGAAACUAAUGAUCCUUUUUAUAUUAUAUUAUAUUUUAUAAUGGGGUGCACCACCCUAUUAUUUGUAGUGAGAUUCACAGGCCUCCCCUCAAAGUUACGAGGGUUGUUAUGUUAUAAUUCAAUCCAACAUUCAAACUGCUCUGUUUUAUUAUUAGAUUCCCCCCUGAGUCAGCACAGACAUUUUUGCUAUUGUGCGAUCUAUACAAAAUGGGGAGGGAGGAUGUGUGGCUUUCCAGCAGUUGUUGGAGUGCCACAUCCAUUAGCCCUUGCUAUCAUCAUAAAUGGAUAAUGGGCAUCACAGUCCAACCAUUUCCAGAGGGCCAUGUGCUCCCCAUCCCACAAACAGUGGUUUGUGUGUGACGGGCAGCUUCUAUUGAUUUGCAAUGAAAUGUUAAUAUACUGGUAUCAAUUAAAUAAAAGUGAACUCUCUGUAUGUACAUACACAUGGACACAUACACAGUGUAGUGAGUGCUGGGCUAGAAAACCAGAGCCUGAAUCCCUGCUCAGCCGUGUAAACCCAUUGGGUGUCUUUGGACAAAUCAUAUAGUCCUAGCCUUAGAGAAAUGCAAUGCUCCCCCAUCUCUAGUGGCCAUGCAUUCAUUGAAUACAUUGCCACAGCAGUGGUGUGGUUAUCUGUGCUACUUUUUUUCUUAAAAAAAAAAAAAGCAUAAACAGAAGAAAAAAAACCACCCACUUGGUUCUUCCAUUUCAGGAAUGUUGACUUCAUUAUUCCGAAAGAUGGAGGGGAAACAUUCCCUGGCUGCGGUGGUAUUCAAAAGAAGACUAAAAACAAAUAAAGCCCUUAGCUGCAGGAAUGCAGUCCAGUAGACAUGAUGCAAAAGGAAAAGGAGACAAUGAGGGAACAGAAGAGCCAGAAAAUCCAGACACUCAUUUUUCACACAUGGCAUAUUUAUGGCAUGGAGAUGGUAUUAUACUGCCUCGCUGUUCCUGCCUGUGAGUGAGGAAAUGCUACUAGCUGCUGCAAAUUUAACUCCUCUUCCCACUUUGGUACACACUCCUGCAUUGCCCUCUGCUGGGCUUCCUAACAGAACAGAUCCCUUUUUUGCCUUGGUUGAGCCAGUGGGAGUGUGUUGGUUAAAUCCAGCUGCAAUAAGCUGCAAUGUUUUGGUUUGGGGGUGAUCCCAUGUUCUAGCUCCAAAAACAAGACAGAACAUUAUUCUGUAAUAUAAAAAAACCAGGAAUUUCUUAGAGCAUAAAUAUGGCAGAGAGAGACAUCUACAGAGAAAAAGUGCAAGGAAACAAUGCACCAAAAUAUACAUGGCCAGGAACAUUGCUUGGCAUCCUGAGAAUGAAGGAACCACUAGGUACUUUGGAAUUAUUUUUCCUCAUUCUUAUGGCCUGAAGCCAUCAUGGUAGUGUCACCUGAAUCACUGUAGAAUAUAGAGUUUCCCCCCAUCUCUAGCUAUCAACAAAAGCAUUUCCUUCUCUAGUAGCUAUCAACAAAAUGAAACCACCAAUGUGGCAUUCAAGAGAUUGUAGGAUUGUGUUUAAAAAUGGACUACAGUUACUGAGAGAUAGCAUGCUACAGUUUGCUCAAGCAUGAAAAUCUACCCAAUGACCUUGGACAAACCACAAUUUCUCAGCCUCAGUGAAAGACAAAGGCAAAAACCCUUUGAAGAAAUCUUACCAAGAAAACCCUGUGACAGGGUUGCCUUAGGGUUGCCAUAAGUCAGAAAUGACUUGACGGCACACAACAACCAUUACUGGGCCAAUGAAGGCCAACCCAAGUGUCCCUUCUAUGCUCCUUGAUACUGUUCCUACCUUGGUUACUAUUGCUUGUGCCUAGCCUGGACUAGGGUCAUCCCUUUGUCUGUUCUAGCAGGCUUCUUGUGUUUUUCAGUUUAUGUUCUCAUGCUUUUAAAACAUAAAUGUGAAUCGGACUUCGGUAUCCCCUAGAACCAUGUAAGUGUUUGGGGUGUAUGUGUCUGUUUUUGCCAAAUGGUGCUGCAUUUCCCCUUUUUUAUUUCCAGUGAGAUGCUGUUGAAUAAGACCUGAAGCAGAACAAAACCACUGGGAUGGGGCAAGUCAUUUUGCUAGUUUUAUUGGGGAUUAUAUUCAUUGUUGCAAAUAUUCUCUGAAUAAUAAAUAAUUUCAUCUCCAUACAGUAUAACAAAGGUGAUUGUCAACACUAUUGAUUUAUACAAUAAAAACAUACAAUUUAUAGACAA